AUGUCGUUCAUUGCCAAACACUAUGGAAAGAAGUACGUCACGUCGCACCUCAACGGCGCAAUCAAGACCAACCUCGAACCUGCUCACCCCUACCACUACUACGAGGAAAUCCCUCCUCCUCCUGGAGCCAACGAGAAAGUCAAGCCCAAGAAGAAGAAGAUCAAGCGAACUCUGCCCCAGGGUCUGCAGAAGAAGGAUGAAAAGGUGCUCAAGUCGUUCCUCAGUUGGUCGUACCAGCUGGAUUGGAUCUUUGACAUGUGUGGCUUUGGAGUAGGAUGGGCCACCCUCAUUGGUCUGGUUCCAGUCGUGGGAGACCUCUUCGUCUUCUACCUGGGAUACAGACUGGUGCAGAAGGCCAAGAAGCAGCUGACUGAAGGUUUGCCCCCAGCUCUGGAGGCUCAGAUGAUUCUCAACCUCGCUAUCGGAUGUGGUAUUGGAUUCAUUCCCCUGGUUGGAGACGUGGCAAACGCCGUGUUCAAAUGUACAACGAGAAACGCCAAUCUGAUGGAAACGCACCUGAGACAGCAAGUGGGGGCCCCAGCGACUCCAAUGCAAGACCCGCCGUCCAAUUCGACCGUGGUCGGGUCUCACGGCAAGUGA